AUGCUCGUGAUUUUCGGAUCGAGUGAUUUUCACGCAAGUCUCUCCAACGAUAGGACGCGUGGAGAUGGUGGUGAUGCACCUAUGCAUCACCACGAGCGAAGUAACUCAAGGGAUCGAGGUAAAACUGGUGCCAGUACUCAUGCUGGCACUAAUCAAGAGGCCAGGGACCGAAAUGACCUGCGCCACGCUCCUUUAGAGGAGUCUCCGUGGAUGCCGCCAUCCAGAGAGUUGGACCGGUUGGCCGGCACGACUUCCGAACGGGAUCGAAUUCCGUUGUUCGAUUGCAGGAAGAUUUGCCCACCUGAUUCCAGCACGAAAACUAUCCGUGCUGAGGAAGAAUUCUUCACCGAUGCGUUCUUCAAACAUCGGUGGAACAAUGAUAGCCGUGUUCGAGACGGCAAAGCUUUGGUGCAGGAAUGGAAUGCCCUCAUCCACAACAGUGAGUGCAUUGUCCGUGAGGCCUGGAUCGCCAAACAUGAUGCAGUUUGCAUCAGGUUUGAGAAGCGCAACCCAGUCGGGGCGCGAUACGAGUUGCACGAGCUACCAAGAGAGGGAAGAUUACCCUGUCUCUCGUGGAGUGAUUCGCGUCCAGGUUUCCUGGACAACUUAAAUCGUACCCCUAGAAAAGCCUUUCUCCCGAAUGAUCCCUACUGGAGGGCGCGCGUCUCUUCUAAGAUGGCCGAAGGGUUGGCACCUUGCAAUCCCUGUACUCGCGUUCGAAUAGGUCAUAUUCCGACGGCCAUUCUUCGAACGCAGCGGGUGGGUCUCAUCGUACAGCUCGAAGAGACCAAUGACAUCAACAAUCAGCUAGGCACGAGUGUCCCAGUUGUCCCACGCCGGUGGAUAGCCACGCCAGCGGACAUGGUAGCUCGUCCGGACGCCAUUCACGUCGCGGUGGUUCAAAAUACGCUCCACUAG